GAAAAUUUUUUAUAGUCCUUGGAAAUUUUUUAACUAUUUCACCAAUCAAGAAGCACUUCUGGAACAAAAUAUAAUUCAUUGCAUUCUAGAUAACGAUUCCAAAUGUUGGCUAUAUUGGGUUGAUGCUUGGAGCACGAGGGGAUAGAAGCAUGGCCUUGGGGUUUGUUCCUACAGCUUAUGUCAUGUUGAUCAACACUGCUAUCAAUGUAAGCAGAUUUUCAAAGAGCAAACUACAUGAACGCUUUGGAAAUUUUAGUUGCCCUUUACUUUCCAAAGGAAACGCUGCUUUCCCUGAGGGCUGGUCUCCACCAGGAUUCGCUCCAUGGUUUGCUUUGCAAAAUAAAACUAAGACGUCUCCAUUAUAUGGCUUUCUUGCUAGAAUAUCAAGAAUUGGAUACAAUCGCACAGAAAUGGAGGCCUUGGCUAGCGUGAUAACAUCACCGGUUUUGCUAGGUGUUACUGGGAACAGCACACUGACUAGGCUUUGUACAGCUAACCCAACUAUCAGUGGAUGUGGUUUUCUUUUUUACACAAGUGCAUUACAACAACUUCAAAGACCGCCUGUUGGGAACAACACUGCUUAUGUUGUAGCUGUUCUCAAACGUAUCCAAGACCUGUUUUGUCCCUCGCCCUCGCUAUGUCUUAUCCUCGAUCCGUAUACAUCAGCUGCCAUUACACUGUAUAUAACAGAUCAUUUGGCCAAGUUAGCCAUACAUAUAGCAACUGACCGAUUUGAUUUUGGUCCUCUGAUGACUCGAACUGUCAAACAGAUUUCACAUGGAUACCUUGAAACAAAUUUGAAGAUUCCAGGAAUAUUUCCAAAUGGCUUUCCAGUUAAAAACUUUCUGCCAUUGGACAAAGCAGAAGAUUCAUCUGCCAAGUCAAGUUCAAAAGUGUACACAUGCGGCCAUGCGUCAUUGGCUUUUCAAGUCAAAGAAUUUGAUGGCAGCCAGUACGUUGACUCUAAGUACUACCCAAAGGCAAAUGCCAGUGACCGGAAAGUUGAGGGUUAUACCGGUACUAUGUUUGGAACGCAGACAAUGACGCCCUGCACUAGAAAGCAAAAGGCAAUGAAGGACACUUACAAGGUGUUUGACAGCACACUUAAGCUCCAUUAUAAUAUUGUCAGAAAAGGCACAGAAUAUAUUGGUCCUAUAUACACACACAAAUUUGAGGCAGAUUCAAAGUCUUUAUACAAGCAAAACAAUAUUACGGUGUUCAAAAAUGGACUGAUUGAUGUUUCAAAAAACUAUCAAGGUGUGCCUAUGACGACUAGCAUGCCACAUUUCCUCUAUGCUGAUCCGGCAUUAGCAAAAAUGCUAGGUACGAAGCCAGAUGAAUCUCAAUACAAAACGGUGCUUUCAAUCGAGCCUGUUAGUGGCAUUGUUUUUAAAGCAAGAACACUAAGCCAGAUGAAUGUUGCUAUACCUGAAAUCACGAUUCAAGCACCUAGACAACCACCAUUGAAUAUUUCUUACAAACAAAGCUAUGGCUCGCCUCCUUACAGCAAUGUCAUCCCACUGGUUUGGCUUGAAAUCGCCUAUAAGGCAUCAGAGACGACUCAGGCCUCCUUCUCUGGGGUGUACACAGGUAUUGAUGCAGCAUGUGCAUGCAUAGUUGCAGGACCGUUGUUCGGUGGAGCAGGACUUAUUUUGGGCCUUGUAUACGUUGUAAAGUCAUUCAAAAACCAAGUCAAUUCUCACGUAGAGAUGGACUGAUAUUGGAGUUCUUUUAGAUCUUACGCUCUACAGACAGAUAAUUGGAGCAAUUGUGAACGUCUUUAAUUUCUGCUCUUUCAAAUGCAUUGUGAGUCGGGUUUUCUAAAACAACUUUUUUUAACAAUGGGAAAUUUAACAACUUUAUCUUCCGUGUAAAUAGGGCAAUCAAUUGGGUAUCUAAACUGACUUAUAUGAGCAAAGUAAUGUAGACUAGUCAAUUUUUGCUUCGUUUUCAACCUGCAUGUAUAUUAACGGACUGAUCUAGACAAAAGGUUUAAUCUAGUCGAUUUAUGAGGUUUGUUUAUCAAUCUACAUGUACUUAUUUGCUAUUCAUUAAAAUGUUUUUGUGAAAGAUCAGAAACAGUUUAGGAGUCGAAGCCUUGUUUGUAUUGUGAUCAAAAUGUAUUUAGUAGAUCCAUAUGUUUAAGGGACAGUAAAUGAUGUACAUGUUUUGAAGAUAGUUAUAAUAUUACAUUAAGAGUAUUUGAUUGUAGUAAUACCUUGUUGCUUCAGCCAAAUAUCACAGUGAUUCUGUAAUAGUGCUAGUUUGGAUUUCGUUUGUUUUGUAUCCUGUAACCUUAGUAAUUUUAUCACCGUUCGCACAUUCGAUUGUUUAUAAUUCCUUUUGUUUUCUAAUUGCACCUUUAGAUUCAUUAACUAUUUCUUUUGGGAUUUUUAGUAUCAUUGUUCAGUUUAUGUAAUUAAUCUUGGGACUAAUAUAUUUUGUAUUCAUUAUUAUUAUGUAAAUUUACGUAGCUAUGUAGCAUUACAAUAAGUUCUUGUUUAGUUAUAUUUUGGGCGUGUUUCAUAUAGAGUUAGUUUUUGAGUUCGUUGGAGUUGAAGUUGGAAAUGGAAUUCGGUUAAGAGCGAUUAGGUUAAGUUUUGAUAUAUGUAUAUUUAGGUUCUCGACGUUACACUUAUGUGGCAAGAUGCUUGUGAAAGAUCUUGUCGACAUGAAGUAUGGAUUCAUAGAAUACGUAUUUUGAUUUAUGGAAUCGCGCGUGAUGAUUUAUUGAUUGUGCAUCACUAUAGUAUAGUUUGAAUGGACAGUGCUUGUGAAAGACUGUGCCUGUUAGAGAAACAUUGUGAAGUUUAUAACCUUUCGCGGAAAGAUCACAUGAUCGGAAGAUGGACGUUUGAAACAUUAUUUAUUUGUCUCUUUGUCUCAAG